AUGUCAUCCUUUCAACAUCGUUAUGAAUUAGCCAAUGCGAUGGACCAGAUUCGUCCACAGCAGCUUGACGCGAAUGUUUUAUUUGGUCCGGUCAACUCUAUAUCGCAGAGUAAAUUCAUUGCAGAGAACAAUAUUCGAUUUUUCAUAUCCAUCGGGUUUAAAUGCUCUCAAGUUGUUGAAUACUGUAAGUCAAUACCUAUUGAUGACUACCUUAUGAUCAUUAUGGAGGAUGGACUAGAGACUGAGAACGAAAGCAGUGACAUUAAGGAAUUCCGGAUUAAGCAUUCAGCAAAGUUGCAACAUGUGCUGAAAAUGAAUAAUGGUACAAAUAGCUCACAAGGCUGUGGCUACCUCACACCCCAACCUGAACCAGUGCCGGCUCUAUAUCGUCCGCUUGCUGAAUAUAGCAGUAAUGUGAUUCGAUCUAGUUGCGUGACAGCGUUGGAAAACUUCAAUGAUCUAUUAUCUAUUUUCCGCAGGUCGCAAUUAGGUAACGUGUUAGUUUAUUCGGCUAAUGGAAAUGAUGAAAGACUAACGAAAUUUUUGGUGUCCAGUGUUAUCAAGUCCAACGUUCAUAUUAGCCUACUCGAAGCAUUCCAUCAUGUAAAAUCACUAAGAGCAACUGUUGAAGUAGAACAAGAUGCUUCCCUAUUUUGGAGCUCGAGUUUAGUGGCCUACCAUGAACGCGUUCGAGCGAAAGAACUUUUCUGGGGAAUCGGAUCCCCUACCACUGCAUCAUAUUCCCAGCAACAAUUUGGAUCCAAACCGAUUGCAAAAAGACGUAAUGAUUCGCCUUCAUGUGAUGAAGAGCAGAUGAAUAAAUAUCUGUCGCCGGAGCCUUCGCAUCCGACGCGGGCUAUUUGCACGCCUAAGAAACGAUUCAUACCUGGCGCAUCUCUAAUGGAUUGA